CGGGGGGCGGCCGCGCUGCAUGGGGCCGGGGGCCGGCCGGCAUGGAGGGGGUCCUGUACAAGUGGACCAACUAUCUGAGCGGCUGGCAGCCUCGGUGGUUCCUUCUCUGUGGUGGCAUCCUGUCCUAUUAUGACUCUCAGGAAGAUGCCUGGAAGGGUUGUAAGGGAAGCAUCCAAAUGGCUGUUUGUGAAAUUCAAGUUCAUCCUGCAGAUAACACACGAAUGGACCUGAUUAUCCCAGGGGAGCAGUACUUCUAUCUGAAGGCAAGAAAUGCAGUUGAAAGGCAAAAGUGGCUGGUUGCACUAGGAACUGCCAAAGCCUGUCUGACUGACAGCAGGACACAGAAGGAAAAAGAGUUCACUGAAAACACAGAAGCCUUGAAGACUAAAAUGUCUGAACUUAGACUGUACUGUAACCUCCUUGUUCAGCAAGUGCAUAAAACAAAGGAAGCCAGCAUUUCUGGCGUGUCAGAACCAGAGAGUGAGAUUGAUAUGGGAGCUCUGUUGAAAUCAACCUGUGACACUUUCCUGAAGACUCUUGAAGAAUGUAUGCAGAUUGCAAAUACUGCCUUCACUUCUGAUUUACUGCAUCAGACCCCACCUGGAUCCCCAAAUUUAGCAGUUCUCAGAACAAGCAAGGUAAAGCACUCUGUCUUGUCCAGUCACACCUCAACAGAAAGGCAGAUGGAAUUGAACCCCUGUGAAAAUGGCUGUGUAAAAGCAGAAAUGAACCAUCAAGAGCAAGCAGUUAUUAAAAGUAUGGAAUGUUUAAACUUGGAAACAAAUCAGGGGACUGGUAAUGUCUGGGUUGAAGAUUGUGCAGCAAAGCAUUUGGCAGACAUUAAAGAUGAUGGAGAGGACAAUCUGCAAGCUGUAGAAAACUGUAGUGCCCACAAGUUGCUGCAGUCAGAAACAAACUCUUUAAGUGGAUUGACUGUGUGUGAGGAAGAACGAAAUGAAAAUGAUUCUCCUACCUUCUUCAGUGUCAUGAGCAAUAGGUUCAGUGAUAUUGAGCUUCGGGAGGAGGAGGGCAUACCAACAGAGGAGUUCCUGGAGUCAUGUUAUGCAAUUGUGCCAGUUCUGGACAAGCUGGGACCAACUGUUUUUGCUCCGGUUAAGAUGGAUUUUGUAGGCAACAUCAAGAAAAUAAACCAGAAAUUUAUAACCAACAAAGAAGAGUUUGAUACCCUUCAGAAGAUUGUGCUGCAUGAAGUGAAUGAAGGUGUAGCACAAGUUAGAAACUCUGCUACAGAGGCUCUCCUGUGGCUGAAAAGAGGUUUAAAGUUCUUGAAAGGGUUUUUGACGGAAGUGAAGAAUGGGGAAAAGAAUAUCCAAACAGCUCUGAACAAUGCCUAUGGAAAGACAUUACGGCAGCACCACGGUUGGGUUGUCCGCGGGGUCUUUGCGUUAGCUUUAAGGGCAGCUCCAACAUACGAAGAUUUUGUGGCAGCUCUGUCUGUAGAUGAGUGCGAUCCUCAGGAAGAAACAUUUUACAAAGGAAUGCAGAGGGACCUCAACAUUUACUUACCAGCCAUGGAAAAGCAGCUAAAUAUCUUGGACACUCUCUAUGAAGUCCAUGGUUUGGAGUCAGAUGAGGUGGUAUGACUACAGCAAGACCACAUCAUAAAAAUUCAGGGACUGUGUCUGUUAACAAAGAUUUCUUUCUUUUGGGUUUUGGGAUGUCGUUUCUGUUCAUUGUAUCUUUUCAGGUGGGAGGGGUGUUGAGUGUUUUGGGGGAAGGGUAUUUGUGAUUUUUAUCUUUUCAUUGCUUGUGAUGCAUUUAAAUGCAGAGGUACUAUCUCUCUUUGGAUCAUAACUAUGUCCGUGAUGAAUGUUUUUGACUGUUUCUCUUCUGCCUGUGCACCUCCUCUUCUCUUCACCUCAUGAAAGUAACAGAGCAGAAUUUGGCCUUUGCUGCUGUACCUGAGGAGAGACCUGCUCAUGCAGCAGAGCUGUUGGGUCACCAGCAUGGCACCCAGGCAGGUGCUGCUGCCUCUGACUCUCCCAUUCCCUGUGCCCACUCCUUGCCAUGGUGUAGGAGGAUAGUGGGAGUUAUUGUUACUCUGGUAGCAGCUAUAGGACAGCUAAACACCAGCUUGUAAUGCGGUGAGUUUGUCCCUCAAUUUGGGUUGAAGCUUUUUAAUGCAAAUAAUGUAUUUGCAUGACAUAAGUAUUUAUUAAGUUAAAUAAACAUUUUGACCCAAAUAUUACAAAGAUCUUCACCACAGGUGUAUGUGGCUGGUGGUCUGAGUGGCCCCAAGGUCUAGCCUUUGAAACAGGAUGUUGUGUUCCCUGACCAGCUCCCAGUACAUGCUAUGGCUUCCUUGCCAGCUCCUGCUAGUGGACCACAUAUUUGCUGGCACAGACUCAGCCCAGCUAAUUUGAACAGUACUUUACACAAGCAUUUGAAGAUCACAUCCAUUAUCCUAGUUUAUUAAGGUUUAGGAUGGUUUUUCUGUUUUAGAUUUUAGGGAUUUCUUGAAUCAAAUUAAUGCAAAAUUGUAAUACUUGCUUUUAAGUUGAAUAUAGCUAGCAGUUUGAAAAGCAGAUAUCAUUAAAAUCCUUUCUAGACAUUAUGGGCAGAAGCUUCAUAAAAGUGAACAUGAAAUGGAUAAAGUAUAGGGGAAGUUUAAAUUUUUAAUGGAGCU